UGCGAAAUUCAAUUCUAGAAAUCGAGUGAAUGCGAAUUUCGAUUGCAGGCCUAGCUUUCUGGAUAGAGGCGUAAUAAUGUAGAGAUUUGCAGAGAUACGAAGUCUGGGUAAAUAAAGGGAAAAAAAUCUGCAGGAAGUGCAUGUUGGAGUGGGGCAAUGAACCCACUCCUCGGCUUGUGACAUUGCGCGUGUCGGAUGAGUGAGGCAGCUCCUCACGUCUGGGAGGGAACUCGAUGUUCGGUGUACAUAGAUGCGAGCUCGUGACGUGCGGCCUACAUCACAAGUCAAAGAUGACAUUUCUGUGCGUCGUACAUGAGCACCAACGUACCCGAAAACCUUCAUGCCAAAGACACGCAACGAACACGAUCAGACGACGAUGCCAUCCCAUUUGAAGAUUCUGUGAGCGCUGAAAUCGCCCUGACCCACCUCUUGACUGGCCAGCCAGUCAGUCCGUCGCUCAAGAGCUUCUCUAUCGACGUGCCCUUCAUUGCCAUAGAUGAAGAUUCUGUCAUAAGUGAUGCCCGUGCUCAAAUCUCCGGACAUGAAACAUUUGACGCUAAUUUCUGUCCCUCGCCUCGCGGAUGGGGCAGCAGUCAGUGGUUAAGGAUCGAACGAUAAGGUUUCAUGUUGCCAGCAUCUAAAUAUGCGGACUUUCAACACGAUAUUGUUUCGGAAUUCGGCAAGCAACAUUCGAAAGAAUUUGGACGUGGGAAUUCCACACGCACUAGGGAAUGACGCACACGACCCACUUCCGACGAA